AUGAGGAUUGAUAGGGAACGGUUAACCCCAACGAAUGCCCCACUCGUGGGAUUUGGAGGAACGAAGGUGUUCCCCUUGGGUGCAAUUACACUAUCUAUGACGGCAUGUGACUAUCCUCAGCAGAUCACUAGGGAGGUAACGUUUCUCGUAGUCGACUGCUCGUCCGCCUACAAUGCCAUUCUCGGACGGCCCACUCUCAAUUCUUGGAAGGCGGUGACUUCAACAUACCACUUGAUGAUUAAAUUCCCGAUGGAGUACGAGGUAGGAGAACUGCGAGGAAAUCAAAUAGUAGCACGAGAAUGCUAUAUUGCCAUAUUAGAAAUGGAGGAUCAACAGCAAAUGAUGUGUAUCAGAAAGCAACGAGCACUAGCAGAGCUAGUUGAAGAACUGGAAGAGGUGAGCCUUGAUGACACACGGCCGGAACGGACGACUAGAAUUGGCACACUAGCUAGUUGGCUGGUGCGCCAAACGCUCACGACUUUCCUCAAAGAUAACCAAGAUGUGUUCACCUGGAGUCACGAAGACAUGCCAGGAAUUGACCCUUCAGUCAUGGUCCAUAAGUUAAAUGUGUCGCCUUCAUUCCCUCCAAUCCGACAAAAGAAACGAGUGUUCGCCCAGAAGCGGGACAAGGCCAUAAUAGAGGAAGUUCGAAAAUUACUAGAGGAAGAUUUCAUCCGAGAAGUAUACUACCCCAACUGGUUGGCAAACGUUGUCAUGGUUAAAAAGGCCAAUGGAAAAUGGAGGAUGUGUGUAGAUUUCACGGACCUCAACAAAGCUUGCCCUAAAGAUAGCUACCCACUCCUGCGAAUAGAUACUUUGGUAGAUUCAACUGCAAGACACCAGCUCUUAACUUUCAUGGAUGCCUUCUCGGGCUACAAACAAAUCAAAAUGGAAGAAUCUAAUCAAGAGAAGACCUCCUUUGUUACAAGCCAAGGACUGUUCUGCUACAAGGCGAUGCCAUUCGGACUCAAAAAUGCUGGGGCAACAUACUAG